AUGCCACCGGAAAAAGUCACCAUGACGAGGGCAUCUAUCGUGGCAGUCUGCAUAACAACUUCCUUCUACCUAUUCUACGGAGGAUUUGGAUAUGCGGCUUUUGGGAAUUCUACUCCGGGUAACCUUCUGACAGGAUUUGGUUUUUAUGAGCCAUAUUGGCUCGUAAGCUUCACUAAUGCCUACGUCGCUCUUCAUGUAGUCGGAGGAUAUCAGGUAUUCAGUCAGCCACUCUUUGCAUAUGUUGAAAAAUGGGCUUCCAAGAAAUUCCCUAACAGUAAAUUUGUUCAUAAAAAUUAUGACCUGAAACAAGUACCAGUUUUGAAACUGAAUCUUCUGAGGCUGUGCUUUCGAACUUCUUAUGUUGCAUUCACGACUGGAUUUGCCAUACUUUUUCCUUACUUUAACCAAGUUGUGGGAGUGGCUGGAGCUAUUAACUUUUGGCUUAUCGUUGUAUAUUUCCCGGUGGAAAUGUACUUAGUGCAGAAAAAUAUUGGACGUUGGACAAGCAAGUUCAUUGUUCUUCGAAUUUAUGUUUUUGUUACAUUGCUAGUGAUAAUGUUUGCCCUUGUCGGCUCAGUUAAAGGUCUGAUAAAAGCAAGCAUAACUUAUUUAACUGUCAUCUGGCUGGUAAUUGACUUGGCUGAAGUAGAGGCAACUGAAUCUGUAUCGAUUUGUAUCAGUGGAGAGUACUUUCAAUAUCUAAGAGUGCAAGUUGAGUAUGAUAGACAACCAAAUCUUGUAAAAGAUAGACUAGCCAUUAGACCUCACAGGAAUGCUGCACCUAGUAUCAAGACAACCAGCCCAAGCAAUGUAUCUGUAAGCCUUGAGAAGCAACGCUAA